AUGAAGUUGAUAUCGAUGAUGGUAAAUCUUUUUUGCUCGAUUUCCGCGGCGCAUGCUGGUUUCAACGAUGUUUUUACACUUUCUUCUCUGAAAACCAGGCUUUGUAACCGACUGACGUCACCCGAAGCAAGAUUAGAUGCUGGAUGUGAACUGAAAGAAUCGAAGCUAGGGCCCGACUCUUCAAAAUCUAUCGAUCUUACGAAAAGCUUAUCUGGACUUGUAAAUGACUUCCAAUCUGUUCCAUUAAUGUUAAAACGAUUUAUUUAA